AGGGAUUAUCUAAGUAAUCAAUAUGGACAAUAUGAUCAAAAUAAUUUUAUCGACAUAAGGGGAUCAAAAAAACAAAUUUUACAUGCUAGUAAACCUAUUAGUAGUAUAACAAAUCCUAGUUCUAGAUCUACUCAUAUUAAUAUGAAGGAUGAUAUUAAAUUUAAAAAACUUCCAGUAGAUUAUAGACCAAAAUCUACAAAUAAAAACCUGACUAUGUUUUACCACCAACUAAAAGAAUUUGUUGAAUCUAUAUUACUUUAUGGUAUUCCCUAUGACGAAGAAAUGAUGAAAAUAAAUUUAAAUAUACAAAAAAGAUAUAUUUCUGCAAAAAAUUGUAGUGUCCUUAUUCAUGAUUCUAUGUAUAAAUUAUUAGAUAUCUCUACAAAUCUACUUAAAUAUUAUCAAAAUAUCAUACGCAUAGAGGUUCCAACUAUAUUAGAUAAACUAGCAUAUGAAAAUGUUAGACAAUUUUUAAAAAAAUCUUCUAAAAAAGAAUUAGAGAAAUCUGGUAAAACUCAAAAAGCAAUAGAAUUAACAAGUAUGAUUUGUGAAGCUAGAGCCAAAUCUGUUAUAAAGUCUAUUUUAGAAAAUAGAUCUGAUUGUAUAGUUGAGAUAACGAACUUAUUUAAUAAUAUAAAUAUUACAGAAAAUGAAGAAAUAAAAUAUAUUAAAUUUCAACGUAUAGAAGAACAAAAAAAGGAAUUUGAAAUUCAAAGACAAAGAGAAUUUGAAAUUCAAAGACAAAAAGAAGAAGAAUUUCUUAGACAACAAGAAGAAAAUCAAAGACUACAAAACAAUAUACUAAAUCA